GGACCGGACCGCGCGUCUGGCUUGCAGGAGACCGAGGGGCGGACAGCGGAAGCAGGGCCAGAUGGCGCUGCCCGUGGCAAGCUUCCUCGUGGUCUGCCUUCUGGAAGCCGCCCUCACCCUGAACCCUGAGGACCCCAACGUGUGUAGCCACUGGGAGAGCUACGCCGUAACUGUUCAGGAAUCGUAUGCACACCCCUUCGAUCAGAUCUACUACACACGAUGCACGGAUAUCCUCAACUGGUUCAAGUGUACGCGGCACCGGAUCAGCUAUAAGACGGCAUAUCGGCGCGGCCUCAGGACCAUGUACCGGAGGAGGUCCCAGUGCUGCCCCGGCUACUAUGAGAAUGGAGAUUUCUGCAUUCCCCUUUGUACGGAGGAGUGUGUGCACGGCCGCUGUGUUUCUCCAGACACCUGCCACUGUGAGCCCGGCUGGGGAGGCCCUGACUGCUCCAGCGGCUGCGACAGCGAGCACUGGGGUCCGCACUGCAGCAACCGGUGCCAGUGUCAGAACGGCGCCCUGUGCAACCCCAUCACCGGCGCCUGCGUGUGCGCGCCCGGCUUCCGGGGCUGGCGCUGCGAGGAGCUCUGCCCGCCCGGUACCCACGGCAAAGGCUGCCAGCUGCCCUGCCAGUGCCGCCACGGCGCCAGCUGCGACCCACGCACGGGCGAGUGCCUCUGUGCACCCGGCUACACCGGGGUCUACUGCGAGGAGCUGUGCCCGCCCGGGAGCCACGGAGCCCACUGUGAGCUACGCUGCCCCUGCCAGAAUGGGGGCACCUGUCACCACAUCACGGGCGAGUGUGCCUGCCCUCCAGGCUGGACGGGAGCAGUGUGUGCCCAACCCUGCCCACCAGGGACAUUUGGCCAGAACUGUAGCCAGGACUGUCCUUGCCACCAUGGAGGGCAGUGUGACCACGUGACUGGGCAGUGCCACUGCACAGCCGGAUAUAUGGGAGACAGGUGCCAAGAGGAAUGCCCCUUUGGGACCUUCGGCUUCCAGUGUUCACAGCAUUGUGACUGCCACAAUGGGGGCCAGUGUUCGCCCACCACGGGCGCCUGUGAGUGCGAGCCGGGCUACAAGGGCCCACGCUGCCAGAAGCGGCUAUGCCCGGAAGGUCUGCACGGCCCGGGCUGCACCAUGCCCUGCCCCUGUGACGUCGACAACACUGCCAGCUGCCACCCAGUCACCGGAGCUUGUGCCUGCCAACCUGGCUGGUCUGGCCACUACUGCAAUGAGUCCUGCCCUGCUGGCUACUAUGGCGACGGCUGCCAGCUGCCUUGCUCCUGUCAGAAUGGUGCCGACUGCCACAGCGUCACAGGGGGCUGCACGUGUGCCCCGGGCUUCAUGGGAGAGGUCUGCGCUGUUCCCUGUGCAGCCGGGACCUACGGCCCCAACUGUUCCUCUGUGUGUAGCUGCAGCAACGGGGGCACCUGCUCCCCAGUGGACGGCUCCUGCACCUGCAGGGAAGGGUGGCAGGGCCUGGACUGUUCCCUGCCAUGCCCCAGUGGGACGUGGGGGCUGAACUGUAAUGAGAGCUGUGAAUGUGCCAAUGGGGCAGCCUGCAGCCCCUCAGAUGGCUCCUGCGCCUGCGCCCCGGGCUGGCUGGGGGACACCUGUGAGCUGCCCUGCCCGGAUGGUACGUUUGGGCUCAACUGCAGUGAACACUGUGACUGUAGCCAUGCAGAUGGCUGCGAUCCCAUCACCGGCCACUGCUGCUGCCUGGCAGGAUGGACAGGCAUCCGCUGCGACAGCACGUGCCCACCCGGGCGCUGGGGCCCCAACUGCUCCGUGUCCUGCAGCUGCGAGAAUGGAGGCUCCUGUUCGCCCGAGGAUGGAAGUUGCGAGUGCGCCCCUGGCUUCCGAGGACCCUUAUGUCAGAGAAUCUGCCCCCCUGGAUUCUAUGGCCAUGGCUGUGCCCAGCCUUGUCCCCUCUGCGUGCACAGCAGCGGGCCCUGUCACCACGUCAGUGGCAUCUGUGAGUGCCUGCCCGGAUUCUCCGGAGCCCUGUGCAACCAAGUGUGUGCUGGAGGACACUUUGGGCAGGACUGUGCCCAGCUCUGCUCCUGUGCCAAUAACGGGACCUGCAGCCCCAUCGAUGGCUCCUGCCAGUGCUUCCCCGGAUGGAUCGGCAAGGAUUGCUCACAGGCCUGCCCCCCUGGGUUCUGGGGCUCUGCCUGCUUCCACACUUGCAGCUGCCACAACGGGGCGCGCUGCAGUGCUGAGGACGGGGCCUGCCACUGCACCCCGGGCUGGACGGGGCUCUUCUGCACUCAGCGUUGCCCAGCAGCGUUUUUUGGGAAGGACUGUGGGCGUGUGUGCCAGUGUCAGAAUGGAGCCAGCUGUGACCACAUCAGUGGCAAGUGCACCUGCCGAACAGGCUUCACCGGGCGCCACUGCGAGCAGAGAUGCGCACCAGGAACCUUUGGCUAUGGGUGCCAGCAGCUAUGUGAGUGCCUGAACAAUGCCACCUGUGACCACGUCACGGGCACCUGUUAUUGCAGCCCGGGCUUCAAAGGAAUCAGAUGUGAUCAAGCCGCCCUCACGAUGGAGGAGCUGAACCCCUACACCAAGAUCAGCCCGGCUCUGGGUGUGGAGCGGCACUCGGUGGGUGCCAUCACGGGCAUCGUCGUCCUGCUGUUCCUCGCCGUGGGGCUCCUGGGCCUGUUCGCCUGGCGACGCCGGCGGCAGAAAGAGAAGGGCCGUGACCUGGCUCCCCGUGUCUCCUACACCCCGGCCCUGAGGAUGACCAGCACCGCCUACUCUCUCUCAGAUUUGUCUCAAAGUAGCAGCCAUGCCCAGUGCUUUUCCAAUGCCAGCUACCACACACUGGCGUGCGGGGGGCCUGCCACCAGCCAGGCCAGCACUCUGGACAGGAACAGUCCCACCAAGCUCAGUAACAAGUCCCUUGACAGAGACACAGCAGGCUGGACCCCCUACAGCUAUGUGAACGUGUUAGACUCCCAAUUCCAGAUCAGUGCCCUGGAGGCCGUGUACCCGCCCGAGGAGUUCUACAUUGAACUUAGACACCUCAGCCACCCCGCUGAGCCACACUCGCCAGGAGCCUGUGGCAUGGACAGACGUCAGAACACAUACAUUAUGGACAAAGGCUUCAAAGAUUACAUGAAAGGAUCCGUGUGCAGUUUGAGCACUUGCUCCUUGAAUAGCAGCGAAAACCCCUACGCCACAAUUAAGGACCCGCCCAUCCUCCCUGGCAAGCUUCCAGAAAGCAGCUAUGUAGAAAUGAAGUCACCUGUGCACAGGGGCUCUCCGUACACAGAUGUGCCAUCCUUGUCGGCAUCUAAUAAAAAUAUAUAUGAAGUUGAGCCCACAGUCAGCGUGGUCCAAGAAGGCCGCGGUCCUAACUCCAGCUAUAUCCAGAAUCCAUACGACCUACCUAGGAACAGCCAUAUUCCUGGUCAUUACGACCUCCUCCCAGUAAGACAGAGCCCUGCCCACAGGCCCUCCCAGGACGAGCAGGCUUACGAGGGAUGAGCUGCUCUUGCAGGGAGCUCUGCUGAACUGCCUCUGGCUCUGAAAGAAGACCACCCCUGACUUAAAAUGAUGAUACUGAUUGACUUCAGCUGCAUAUUACCUACCUAUACCACUCACCUGGAAUGAAAGAAGAGCUUCCAAGCGGGACUGGGGAAAUGGUUCAAGAAAGUCUGUUCACAAAGGCAAACCCUGUCACCCGCCCGCCCCCAGCCCUAAAUGUCCUGGGUAUGAUUUUUAAGACAUUUAAGAUACUGCUGCACAUCAACAUCAGCUCGGCACAGCUAAAAUAUAUGUAUUUAAUAUUCUGAAACACAGUGCUUACACAGCACGUAGAGCAGGGCUUGCAAACGUUCCUAGGAGGAAACAGGGGCUGGGGAGGGGAGGGGAUCAUUUCAGGGCACCUGAAAUGCGUAGGGACUGUUGGCUGUUACCAUCAACAUCUGUGUUAAGUACCUAAAAGAAUCAGUAAGUAGAAACUGAGAGUACAUGUACGGUCCAUCAAAUGAGAACUACCAAGAUGACAGUUUAAAAUAUACUCUAAUGCUGGCACCUUCCACUUUUAAAAAUAAGACUCAAUAAAGACAAAUUAAUUAACUAGCUUCUGCCCCAGCAGUAAAAGUGGGCAAAACUAAAGAAAAAAAUAUCUUAAAAUGUAAAUAAAUAAAUAAAGAGCAGUUUCUAAAAUGCAGAUACAGCCGCUUUUUCUGGUGCACACUGAUCCCUAGGCUAGCUUUAUCAGUCUGUGCUAAUUCACAGUCCCUGAAAACCGCAAGUCAGUCCACUGGACACCGGAGUUCCUGCAUGUAAAACAGAGGACAGAGACCAAUGCUGUAAGCAAGUCAUACGCCUAGGAGUAAUCUCUACCACCACCCCCCAAAAAGUCAUAGGCUAAUAAGAAUUAUGUUCCCCCUGCCAAACAACUCUUUGCCCCCCGACCCCAGUUUAUGUAGGUGGCAUCCCUUGGCUCAGUUUAUAAAGCCUUACUUUCAAGCAGUUUUUCAUAAAUCUUGAGUUUGAUUGACGUAAUGUGGAAAGUAAAUGUGUAGAAGAAGUUAUAUAAAUGUAGGUACAGCAAACAAUGUUGUUUAAUAUGCUUUUUGAUGGAAGCAAAUAAAAAAAAAAGAUCAAAGAAAAAACUGGGCUGAGAGCA